AUGUACAGCAACACCAGCAGCAACAGCAGCAUCAGCAGCAUCAGCACCCGAAAAAAAGUGUCGUCCAACGGCUCACUUGUGUUUGGCCCAAAGGCCAUUCACAAGCAUGUCCCAAAGCUGUUGAGACAUACAAUUCUAGUUAGAUUAGCCAAAACUAAUCUAGUCAAAGUUUUUGGUCGAAAGAUCAAACAAGUGAGAAUGAUUGCGCCAGACCUGCCCAAGGGGCUUAAGCGACGAUUGGAGAAAGAGGGGGGGCUCGGAAGCGUUGCUUCCGAGUCCCAGGGCCAUAUCAUAAAAAAACAGAAGAUAUGGUCCGAAAAUGAGCUGGAGCACAAAGCUACAGCUCGUUAUAUCAACCCAAAGGAAACGAGAAUAGAAGAAGCACAAAAUCCGGACCAGAGUCAUAGCUAG